GAAGUCCUUCGAAUUCUGGUAGAAAUGCCACCUAAAGUCAUCUUUCAAGAAGACAAAAAUCCCCGAGGGAUCCCAAAAGCACCAUUUAUCACAAACGUGGAAGAGUAUAUCGGUGGACCAGAUGCAGAGAUUGAAGAAACACUCAAAAGUUUCCAAGAUGCCAUCGCGAAAUAUCGAUAUAUGGAGUCGAACCUGACGCAACGCCGGAGUAGUCUGGACGAGAAGAUCCCUGACAUCAAGAAGACGCUGAGCAUGGUUCAGUUUUUAAGGGAUAGACGGGAAGGCAAAAGUAAAGCACAAUCCGACGAUGAUCUUGAAGAUGAUCUAGACGAGGAAGAUGAAUCAACGGGAUCUAAAAAGCCAAUGAUAACAACCUUUGAAUUGAAUGAUACUCUAUUUGCAGAAGCUGAACUUGAGGAUACGGACACAGUCUACCUUUGGCUUGGUGCGAAUGUGAUGCUAUCUUACAAGCUACCAGCUGCCAUAGCAUUGUUGCAGUCAAAGCUGGAGGUGGCUGAGGCAAGUCUUAAGACCACUGCAGAAGACUUGGAGUUUUUGAGAGAGCAAACAACGAUUAUGGAAGUGAACACUGCCAGAGCUUACAACUGGGAUGUAAAGAGGAGGAGGGAGCGGCGAGUAAAAGAAGAAGGCAAAGCAGUGGAUCUCAGCUAAAGUUGGCCAAACAGCGCGUUAAGCUACGAGGCGACACUGCGACUCGAUGGAAGCAAAUGUACUUAUUUUCUUUAAUUGACCUUGAACAUCUGUACACUCAGACAAUGCAAUCCGGACUGUUCAAGCUGUAUUCGUCCCAUGUAUGUAGUAAACGAGGUCAUAGAAUUCUUCAGUGCUACAUCCUCGUCCUUAGUAGUGACUUGAUGUUAAUGUCACCUUCACAGA